AUGGAGGUGGUUCCUGUCAUCCAGACGGGCUACCUUAGUUCUCACUGCGAGGCUCCGGAGAUAGUGACCAAGAUUGUCGCCGAUAUAUCGAUUUUCGAGCCGCAGCUCCGCUGCCUGAGAAGCAUACUUCGAGAUCGGGCUGGGGGCUCCGAUGCUCUAGUCACGGCGCUAUCCAGAAGCAAGGUUCUAGAGGAAGCUGACAAAUGUCUUGCUCAACUGAAUGUGCUCGCCGAGCCUCGGUGCCAAGAUGAACCAGCUUCCACAGCGCAGAGGAUGCGGAUAGCAAGCAAGUGGCUGAUGGCUGACUCCAGAAAGGCCAAAGAGAUUCUACAACAGCUUGAGCGCCACAGGAGCAACAUCGGUUCGGUACUUGUUCUCGACAUGCAUACCACUCAGCACGAAGUAAAGAAAGGUGUACUAGACCUAUCGACUCGAGCUGUUUGGAAAUGGCUCAAACCCAAAAUUCAGGACAUGUAUGAAGUCCACCUUCUGAAGCAGGAUAUUCAGGAGGACGAGACCUGUAACUGGAUGACCGACUCGGAUCUCUGGAAACAAUGGCUAGCCGGCGGGAAGGCCCUCGAUCAUCACUGUCGCCGCUUCCUCUGGAUUCACGGCAUUGCUGGUUCCGGCAAAACAAUCUUGGCAUCCUGCCUAAUUGACGACGCGCGCAAAUACUGUGGAAAUAGAGGAGUUGCCUACUAUUACUGCUCCUUUGAGAAUCUUCGAGAUGAAACUCGGUUCUUCUUGCGCUGGAUCAUCUGGGAUUUCUGUCGCCAACUCCAUGGCCCUUUGCCCCAAAAGAUCAUUGAUCAUCAUCGAUCCCGAGAUCUAGGCACUGGAUCUCUGCUGGAAUGUCUGCAGGCUAUCUCGGAAGCUCUUGCUGAUCUGCUGGCACGCAAGACCGUUCAAAUCAUCAUCGAUGGAAUUGACGAAAGCAAAACACCUCGUGGCCCGUUGCUUAACGUUCUUACUACCAUCGGCACACGGGAUGAGUUUAGCCGUGUAUCCCUCUUGAUGGUCAGCCGCAAGGAGCCAGACAUUGAACAAUCAAUCGAUGCUGCUAUUCCGGAGUCUGAUGGGCAUCACAGUCAGAAUUCCAGUCAAUCUGUCGUCCCCCCAAGCCCCAAACGUUCUGCUCCUAGCCAUGAAAAUGAUGACAGGCGUACUAAACGGCACAGUUCUUCAUGGAGUCGGGGAAUCCAUGCUCGUCCUAGUUCUAUGUCACCACACCGUACCAAAUAUCGCGUCGAUAUGUCUUCACUUCAAGGUUCUUCUCAAGUGGUCAGACAAUCAUCUCCUGGACCUGUCCCUACAUUUCCAUGGACACAUGAGGAACGGCGCUUGACUGUUGGAUCGAGCGUAGUUCAACGACCGCGGGGAAACUCCUCGCCAGCAUACUCCGACAUGUCGAGCAGUGAGUCUUUCUACCCAACAGAAACUCCCUCCUAUAUUGGCCAGGAUCGUCCGAUUCUGCUCAAAGACGAUCGACCAUCCUUCUCGGUGAGCAAGGUUGCAAUCAAUCGUCAAACCUGCACAAUUUUAAGCAUGUCCAAUUCAAUGGUAGCUGCAGCUAUUCAGACCUACAUCCAGCGCAGACUUUCCAGAUUGCGAGAGUAUAAAAGCAAUAUCACGCCAGAUCAAGCUCAACAAGUUGAGGACAAACUGGUUCGAGGAGCUAAAGGAAUGUUUCGGUGGGCUGCUUGUCAGAUUGAUUUGAUCCAAACGCGGCGCUUGUACACCAAGCAAAGUCUGGAUGACUUACUGUCCAACUUGCCUGCGACCGUCUUCGAGACGUACGAACGCAUCAUUAGUCAAAUGACGACAGGCGCUACCAGAUCUAGCCAUGACGAGACAUUUGCAAGAACAGCACUUGCUCUGGUAUGCAGCGACUCUGCGGAGAUACCCGAUGCCGGUGUCUUGGCCGAGGCGUCACGCUUCAAUGUUCCACUUGGAGCAAUAGGGAGGACCACUGUCGAUCGGCUGUCUGAGAUUCUUGGCUGCUUGAUCCAGGUCACUCCACUAAGAAAGAAGCCGCAAACCGUCUGGCAACGAGAUGAUGAGGAUGCCUCAUGCAUGCAGCGUAUCAGCCCUGCCCAUUAUACUGUCAAAGAAUUCAUGUUUGCGAAGCGUGCAGGAGAUUGUACUAUCGCAGACGAAUUUGUCUUGACCAAGAAAAAAACCCAGACACUCGAGCUACAAGUCGUUUUCCAUGGUUUGCAGAGAGACGGCACUCCGAGACCGUCGUGGGAGUAUCACAGAACACCGAGAAGUCUGGGAAGCUGUGAUCCCCUGCCUUCGAGCAAGAAGCCCACACUUCCAAGCCCUUACAAGUGGAAAGAUCACGAAAUUCCAGCAUUUGCUGAGACAAGCACUCUCAUCAACUUGAUACUGCUGAAGUGGCCAGAGCUCACCAAGCUCUUCCUAGGAUCACUGACGCCUGAUACCAGAAUGCAAAUCUUUCUUGAUCACUUUCUCAUGCAGAAUCCGAAGGUUACAGAAAACUAUGAAGAGCGGCGACCACAAACAGUAUUGCAACUUUGUGUCUGGCUACAGCUUCCUACCCUCUUGGAUAUCCUUAUCGACGCCGGUGCGGAUGUCUCCAGAGAGCCAAACAUUGUGUUUCUCGCUCUCAGCAAGCCUUAUGAGGACGGUGACGGUUCCACCACCGGGCGACUCCUCACUUUGCUCCUGGAAGCAGGUGCGAACCCCAAUCCCGCGGGUUUUAGGUUCACACCUCUGCAGCUUGCAGUAAGAAAUCUUGAGGAGCAAUGGGUCCACGCCUUGAUGGCUGAGUACCCAAACCCGAACGCCGUCGGUGAGAAGUACGGCGAACACCCCUGGUAUACCGAAUAUGUGGAUUAG